UCUGAGCCAUCUGAUGGGAAACUGCAUUCCAAAUUCACCAGUGGCAUCCCAUAUGGACCAGGACACGAGCCAGUAGUACGAUCCCAGGAACUAACUUAGGGUGUGUCCUGUCAUUCUCUGAAUUCAAAGUUUGUUUUCCCCUGCUUGAGUCUAGUAAUCCUGCUCAGCCAACCCGCCAAAGACAAUGCCGAGUCUGAAGUACCAAAACGGGGACAUGGUGAUGGGCCGCUGGCCUGGUAGCAGCCUGUACUAUGAAGUUAAGGUAUUAGGUUUUGACUUUGAAAGUCAUCUGUACACGGUCAUCUACAAGGAUGGGACUGAGCUUGAGCUGAGGGAGCAGGACAUCAGGAAUCCUUAUCGUCUCCAGCCACGGUCCCGUUCUCAUUCCCGAUCACCUGGCCGCCGUCGCAGCCGCUCCCGGUCUCCGGCGAGGACGACACGGCGCUCUUCCUCCCGUGCAGCGGCCGCUACUGCGGCAGUAACGGAGAGCACGCCAUCGUCAAGCGGGGAUUCAAAGUUGAAGGAAACGGUUGAAAUUCGACUCGGUCCUCUGCAGCAGCCCACAAUGGCUGCUGAGAGCAAUAGCAACAAUAAGCAUGAACACAAAGAGGAAAGUAACACUGCAAACAAAGUCAAUGAGGCUGAAGCAAGGACGGAGCCAGAACCUGAGAAGAACCAGAAUCGUUACAACCUGCGCCGCAGGAAGAAUGAUAGUGAGACUAAACCACAACAGCUGCUGGAAAAUACCAAAGUGGCUCCAGCUCCUGCAGCGACGGUCUCCAGACUUUCCACCCAACUUGACUUUGGGGGCAAGAUUGGGGCAUACUUCUGGUUGCUCUUCUUGCCGUCCUGGGUUCUUUUUGUGAUUCUCCAAGUCAACUUGGAGGAUCCCAGCUUGGUCAACUUCCCACCCCCUGUACCACCUCUUGAGACUUUUUGGGAUGCUCAGGCUCUGGGCUUUGUUGUCCUGUGGAUCUUAUUUCAGGUCCUCCUUUAUAUCCUGCCUGUGGGAAAGCUAAGCGAAGGGAUGCCACUGAGAUCUGGUGAGAGGCUCAAGUACAGAACCAACGGUUUCUUUGCCAUCGCGACGAGUGCUGCAGUUGUUGCAGCAGCCGUCCAUCAGGGAAUCGACCUCACCUACAUCCACAGCCACUUCUUGCAAAUUGCUGUAGCGACCUUCCUCAUCUCCGUCCUGCUGAGUGUCUACUUGUAUAUCCGUUCCCGUUACGCUCCGCCAGACCAGCAUGCACUUGGUGGAAGCUCCGGCAAUGUGAUUUAUGACUUCUUCAAGGGACAUGAGCUCAAUCCCCGCAUUAAAAGUUUUGAUUUGAAAUUCUUCUGUGAGAUGCGUCCAGGACUGAUCGGCUGGUGCUUGAUCAACUUUGCAUUCGCGCUGACAGAGAUGCAACAACAAGGUUUGGCUACUCCAUCCUAUGCCAUGAUUUUGGUGAAUGCCUUCCAGCUGAUCUAUGUAGUGGAUGGUCUCUGGAAUGAGGAGGCCAUCUUGACCACCAUGGAUUUGAUGCAUGACGGCUUUGGCUUCAUGCUGGCCUUUGGAGAUCUAGUGUGGGUGCCUUUCACUUAUACCCUGCAGGCCUAUUAUCUGGUCAGUCACCCAAAUGAACUGAGCCUCCCAGCCGUUGCUGCCAUCAUCUUGCUCAAACUUAUUGGCUUCUACAUCUUCAGAAAAUCCAACUCUGAGAAAAAUGCCUUCAGGAGAAACCCAACAGACCCCCAACUGUCAUACCUGAGGACCAUUCCCACAGCGACAGGAAAAAGUCUGCUGGUGUCUGGUUGGUGGGGGGUCGUCCGUCACCCCAACUACUUAGGAGACCUCAUAAUGGCUCUGGCCUGGUCAAUACCCUGCGGCUUUCGUCACCUGUUGCCGUGGUAUUACAUGAUCUACUUCAUCAUCCUGCUGGUGCACCGAGACUCUCGGGACAUGAGCAAUUGCAGGAGGAAGUACGGCUCGGCCUGGGACGAAUACUGCCGAACGGUCCGCUAUCGGAUCAUCCCACGUGUCUACUGAGGGGAGUGGUGAUGGACACUUUUUGAGCCGGUAUUACUGCCACAGAAUUUCUCACACACCAAUCAUUUCUAUCAUGAUUUGCAUUGUCAUUCAAAAAAAUGAAUUUAAAGAAGCGGUAUCAUGCUAUUAUAAGCAUUCCACAGAUAAUUAUAGGCGUGUAUGUAUAUUAUUAUAUAUUACCUUUUGCAUACCGGUGAUCAAAUUUUUUUUAAUUAAUAGGAAUUAUUUUGAUGGCUAUUCAUCUAACCUGGAAGGAAAAAAACAAAACCCGUCUUCGCAUUUCUCACACUUUGGUAGGCUGAGUUGAGGUGCGUUCAAUGAGUGCUCUCAAAGUAGGACAUCUAAAAAAUGACAUUAAAAAAUCAUUUAUUGCACCAAAUAACAAUAAGUAGGACGUGAGCAUUCUGCAGAUGGUACGUGUAAACAUUUAAUAAUUUAUUUGAUGCAUCAAAAUUGGAACAGCCGCUUGGCUACUCAAGUUGCAGGGACAGCUGCCCUGAAGAAGUCGCCCUGUGUUUGGUCUGCAAGGGCGGUACGGGGGUAGCUCCUCACUUUGUGAUGUCACAAUGUGAUGACCCAGUCGUUUUCUUGGAUCGACUGGGAUUGGUGCUUAGAGAGGAGGAAUGAGCAGAAGUGCCCCUAGAUCACUUUAGGUGUUUUUGGUGAGGAAUUUGCAUUUUAACAUGUAUAAAUGGUCAAAAAAAAGAUUUAGCAUGAUAUGGCUCCUUUUAAACAUCUUGAUUGGGGAUCUUUUGCGCGUCAGUAUAUUUUAACAAAAUUAUUACCAAAAAAAUCAAUAUGGACUUAUGUCAUCAUGAAGUAUUUGCAAAAGAAUCAGGAGGAAAAUGUAAUAUUAUGCAA